CAGCGGCCAUGAAAAUAUGGCCUGACUAUUUUGUCGGCUGCUAUCAGAUACGACGUGCAUUAUUCUUAUCGCUUGCGUGGCAAGCAUAAACUCUCUUUAUGGAGCGGGGAGACACUCUGCGUAGCAGUCACUCGUUUGAGGAGCAACCAGACUUGUCAAACAAGAUAGCCGACUUGGGAAAGCAGAUGAACAACAUGUCAACCGACAUCUCGACCUAUUCGCUCGGAGAUUUCAAACUCCAGAACGGAGGCGUAAUUCCUGAUGCGAAGAUUGCAUACAAGACCUUUGGCGAGCCCGGAAGCCCGGCCAUCAUCUAUCCCACUUGGUAUUCUGGAGCCAUUGCAGACAACGAAUGGUUGAUCGGCAGCGACAAGACGUUGAACCCAGCGGAAUACUUCAUCAUCAUCGUAGCUUUGUUUGGCAACGGCCAGUCCAGCAGCCCGAGCAAUCGAAAGGACAUUAGACCUUGGCCAGAGGUCACGUUUUAUGACAACGUUCGUGCCCAGCAUGAGUUAGUCACGAAGAAGCUCAAUGUCCGCCAUGCCCGUGCUGUCCUCGGGUGGUCUAUGGGCGCUGGCCAGACAUACCAGUGGGCGACUCAAUUCCCCGACUUCAUGGACCUGAUCGUGCCGUUCUGUGGAUCUGCGAAGACAUCGCUGCACAACCAGUCGAUGCUCGAGGGCGUCAAGGUAGCUGUGCUGGGAGGCAAAGGUAUCGCUUCGGGAGGUGUCUGCAAGGGCGAGGCAACCAUCAAUCAGUAUCGGGCCUGGAGCGACCAUGAGCGCAUCGUAAGUCUGAAAGCACUCGGAAGGGUGUACUCCGGCUGGGGUUUCAGUCAGGCAUUUUACCGCGCAAAGCUGUUCGAGAGCGCGCUAGGAUUCAAGGACAUCGAAGACUUCAUGGUCAACUUCUGGGAAGAAUGGGCCUUAUCCAAAGAUCCUGACAAUAUGGUGGCCAUGCUUUACACGUGGCAGGCUGGAGACUGCUCCAAGCAGGACCCUUACAAUGGCGAUUUCGACGCAGCUAUGAAAGGUAUUAAGGCGAAGGCUCUUGUGCUGCCAGGCAGGACUGAUCUUUACUUCCCUCCCGAGGACAGUGAAGAUGAAGUCGCCCGUAUGAGAACCGGCGUCGGAAAGUGCGUCCCAUUCGAAAGCAUUUGGGGCCAUUGGGCUGGCGGACCUGGGCAGUCAGUUGAGGACGUGAAGUGGCUAGAUCAGCAGCUGCGCGAGUUCUUUGCCUCGAAUUGAGCUUCGAACGCGUCGAUGGGCAAGUGCAUCUCGCGAAUGACAGCACAUAUUACCAUCUGGUCUUCCUGCAUUUUCCGCGGUCUCGCUAGCGACGUGAGCUCAUUUCGGACGUGAAUAACGUUGUCGAGCAGCGCGUCACGCGUCUCAGUGAGCGCGGGUGCAUGUUUCCGUGUCGUGCGCCGUGUCAUGUCCAUAUGCCGCAUGAUCUUGUGCGAGUCGUGUUUUGUCGGAUAG